AUGGCGGGGCAAAAAUUUCAAUACGAUGAAAGCGGUGGCACAUUUUAUUAUUUUCUAUUAUCCUUCUUGGCAUUAAUACUUGUACCAACGACUAUUUAUUAUUGGCCACGUAAAAAGAAGGAAGAUCCUAAUAAACUUAAAGAGGAAUGCCAAUGUCCGGACUGUAUAAGAAAGAAAGCCAUCUUGGCACAAGCGGAGCCAUACCGUAUGCUGAAGUCAUUCCUUAUAAAGCUAUGUAUAGUUUUUGGUUGGGCACUACUCAUAUUACUGGCUUAUCGCGUUUCGCAAUUCGAUUAUGAAAUGGCCAGCUUUGAUCCAUUUGAGAUCCUGCAGCUGCCACCAACUGCAACUAUGGAAGAAAUAAAAAAAACUUACCGCGAAUUGUCACGAGUCUUACAUCCGGAUAAGCCAACUGGAGAUGAGAAAUCCUUUAUGAUGCUGCGCAAAGCCUAUCAGGCUCUCACCGAUGAAACAGCCAAACAGAAUUAUGAGAAAUAUGGUAAUCCAGAUGGGCCAGGUGCUAUGUCGUUUGGCAUAGCGUUGCCUUCAUGGAUUGUGGAAAAAGAAAACUCGGUUUGGGUGUUGGGACUUUAUGGUUUGAUCUUCAUGGUGGCUUUACCAUCUGUUGUGGGCAUGUGGUGGUAUCGUUCCAUUCGUUUUUCUGGUGACAAAGUUCUUUUAGAUACCUCGCAAAUGUAUUUCUUUUUCAUACAUAAAACGCCACAUAUGUUGCUGAAGCGUGCGCUCAUGAUUUUAGCAGCUAGCUUGGAAUUCGAUAAACGGCACAACUCGCAAGUAGUCGAGCGGCAAUCUGACAAUGAAGAAGUACCAGCACUCAUUAGGCAACUGCCUAAUUUGAAUGAGAAGUGCAAGGAACACCCUCUAUGCCGAAUGUAUUCCAUUAAAGCACGAGCAAUUUUACAUGCUCACCUAUCACGCAUGCCACUGAAUCCAGAAACUCUAGAGAAAGAUCGGCAGUUUAUUGUAAAAAAAUGUCCAUAUCUUAUUCAAGAAAUGGUUUCCUGUGUACAUCAGUUGGUAAUGUUGGCAUACGCGAGACGAGUUCCACGUCUUCCGAGCAUUGAAACAAUAGAAAAUUGUAUGAAACUGUCACCUAUGAUUAUACAAGGUCUAUGGGAGUACAAAUCCCCCUUACUUCAGUUACCUCACCUCACAGAAGACCAACAUCUUUACUAUAUAAAUAAAAAGCGGCACAUCAAGAAUUUGCAACAAUUCGCACAGUUGAAACCCGAUGAAUGCAGACAGUUGUUAAAAAGUCUUUCAGAUUUUGAGUACGAAAAUGUAAUGAAAGUGCUGGGAAAAUUGCCAUUGAUUGACUUUUCCAUUCGUUGCGAAGUUAUUGAUGAUGAGAAUACUAACGUAGUAACAGCAGGAGCUAUAGUAACUGUUACCGUAACGUUGGUACGUAAAGAUAUGAAGACGUUAUUUGGAGAUGCUAAAGUACCAGAAAAGCAGGGUAUAAAGUAAGUGCAUUUUAACUCUGACAUUAGCUGCGUUCGAUAACUAAAUUAGUUAUUACCAGCCAUCAAUCCAAAUCAGGAGCGUAGACGUUAAGGCGGAUGCAUCGUUCUAGUUCUGAAUUAAAGUCGAAGUUGAGUUCACAAAUCAAAAGCAUUCAGAACUUUUCUCAUUUGCUAUCCCAGAGAGAAAAACACAACAACAACCACAUGGAAGAAAAGAUCUAACUAUAACGAUGAAUCCGCCUUUAACGAACAUUAUAUUAUGUAUGUAUAACCGACAUAAAAGGAAUCAUUAAAUAUAGAGGCAUGUUGCAUGAUUAAAAUUUU